CUCAAAGUAGUUGUGUUUGAAUUUGUUUUUAUCUUUUCCAUCGGGCUUUUUGCCACAUCGUGUCAUCAUCUUUUUCCAUCUCCUGCAUGGUCUCCCCCCACGACCUCCAUCGACCUUCUUCUCUUUGGUCUUCCUGUCGCCCCUUUGCCUGGCAGCUCCAUCGUCCCCGUCAGCCUACGACAAGCUAGUGGCUCUUUUAUUUUGAAGGGCAGAAAAGCCGCGGGAAGUUCCCGCUGUCCCAUACAAGCGCUGCUCUUUAAGCCAACGGAGACGUCAAAACAAUUGGAAAUAAACCAAAGUAUCCCUUUUGACCGUUUUUGCACAAUCGACGUCAUCCCGUGGACAUUUGUCACCUUUUUUAUGAUUGCGCCUCGCAGGCAAGGUGUUUGGGACUUGCUAUAAGAAGAAGAAGAAGAUCAAGAAAUGGCGAGCGUCCACUGUCUCUUGCUCAAUGAGGACGCAUGCCGUCAGCUGAGUGAACAUCAACGAGCCGAGUUCAUCUUUAAUUGGCUCAGCCGCCUGAAGAAGCUCCUUCCUUCCAGCGACAGGGCCAUCGUCAAACAGAACCAGCGGCGCCUCGUGGAGCAGCUCUCGGGCGUUCUGGUGGGCUCGCCCGGGCCGCCCGCCCGCAGGCUGCUGGGUGACUGCCUGGCGCUGUUGUUCGGCCUCGGCGACCCCGUCCCUUGCAGCUUACUCGUGGAGCGGUGCAAUGACAUCGUUCGCAUAAAGGACGACUCGCCGUCGGGUCUCCCCAACAGACUGGCAGCCGUGGCGUGUCUUGGCGCCCUGUUCGAGCAGCUGGGGGGGAUGAUGGGCAGCCUCUUCAAGGACACGUCGGCCAUCCUGCUGAAAGCCCUGAAGCACGCCGAGUCUCAAGGACGCUACGAGAUUCUGGUUUCGCUGGAGAGGAUCCUGCGAGGCGUCGGGGCGGGCGCCGCGUCGACUCACCGCGACAUCUACAAGGCGGCCCGGACGUGCCUGACGGACCGCUCCGCGGCGGUCCGAUGCGCCGCCGCCAGGUGCCUGCUGGAGUUGCAGCGCGAGGCGGCCUUCCUGUGGACCAGCGAGCUGGAGAACGCGUCCACGCUGUGCUUCCGGGCCUUCGAGGGCUCCGACCGCGAUGCCCGCACGUCUGUCGCCAAGCUGCUGGGAAGUUUGCUGGCGGCGGCGCUCGAGCCCAGGACUAACGGCGCAGCCCCCAGACAAAACGCGCGAGGGCGCAGCACCCUGGAGGAGGUCACGGAUCUGUUGUCCGCGGGCUUCGUAAGGGGCGGCGCCGGCUUCCUGCGGGCCAGCGGCGACAUGCUGAAGGGGAGCAGCUCCGUGAGCAAGGAGGUCCGCGUCGGCGUCACACAGGCGUGCGUGGUCUUUGUGUCCACGAUGGGCGGCGCCUGGCUGGAGGCCAACUUUGCGUCCUUCCUGUCGUCGUCGAUGGCGUUGGCCUCCGACACGAGGACGACCCUCACGCCGGGCGACGCCGCCGUCGUCCGCCGCUGCGUCUCCUUCAUCCUGAGGAACACGGCGGGCUCGCUCCUCAGCGAGAAGGCACAAUGUAACGCCGCCAGACACCUGUGCAACAUCGUGGAGAUGCACAAGCACGCUGGUGAUGGUGCAGCGGCCGAUGGGAAGGCGGAGGCCAAGUUCAGCUGCGCCGACGUCAACGGCAGUCAACAUGUUUUGGUCUGCUGCCUUUUGGAGUUGGGAGCACUCAUACGGGGCUUGGGCUCCACUGCUGCCCCUCUCUUGAGUGACGGAACCACAGGGCUCCUGGAUGUGGUGGUCUCGGUCCUCCUUCACCCAACGUCCUCAGCCCGCCUGGCUGCCGCCUGGUGCCUGCGCUGCGUCGCCACGGCGAUGCCGUGCCAGCGCUCUCCACUGCUGGAUCGCUGCGCGGAGCGUCUGGCGGCGCUCAAGUCUUGCCCGGAGGCGGUGGCGGGAUACGCGGCCGCCGUCGCCGCCCUGGUGGCUGCGGUGCAGCACUGCCCCCUCGGGAUACCGCACGCCAAGGCCACGGCGGUGGUGGACCUCGCCGAAGAUUUGCUGCGUUCGGCCUCUCAGAACAGUCGCAUCGCCCUGCAGAGGUCGCAGGCCGGCUGGCUGCUGAUUUCGUCCGUCUGCACGCUGGGUCCGGCCGUUGUAGAUCAGCACCUCCCCCGUCUGCUCCUCCUCUGGCGCUGCGUAUUUCCCGCCUCGCUCCGGGAGCAAGAGAUGGAGCUGAGGCGAGGGGACUACUUUACGUGGAAGGUGACGCUGGAGGGUCGAGCUGGGGCGCUCACUGCCAUGAAGAAGCUGCUGCUCGACUGCGAGGACGUGUUAACCAACGACGUCAUCGCGCACCUCCUCACGCCCGUCGCGUGCGCCGUCGGCCUCCUCCCAAAACUUCACGCCCUCGUCGGGUCGUACGGUCCCAGCGUGGCGACGUGGACGUCGGUUUACCGCCUGCGAGUGUACGAGCUGCUGGCCGCGCUGCCGCCGCGUGUCUACCAAGAGAGUUUCGGUUUGGUGAUGAACCAGCUGGUGUCGGACCUGCUGGCGCCGGAGAACCUCAACCGGCCGUGCUCGGAGCUCGGCUUCCUGCCUUCCCUCUGUCACCGCGACGAUCUCCCGCUGCUCGGACCCGCCCACAGCGAAAGCGGCCACAGAUGCAUCGAGGCUCAGGUGCACGCCGCCGGAGGGUCCCUGGAAAACGACCCGUUCGCUCUCUGCGACCGAGCCGACGAGGCUCCCGUGCCGACUCCUCCCAGCGCCACCCUGAACUCCACCGCCAUUCGCCUCUUCGGACUCCUCUUCCCGCACAUCAUUGCCGCUCAGAGGGUGAAGAUUCUGGAACAGUUUGUGGAGGCGCUGAAGCAGCUGAAGAGUCAACGACAGCAGACGGUCCAGAUGCAUGUCUGCGCUGCCCUCUGUAGUCUGCUCAAGGAUCCUAGCGCCAGCCGGGGUUCUCUGGGCCCGGAGGAGGCUCGCGUCCCGGCGCUGUCUCUCCUGCUGGGGGCGCUGGACAGCAGCACCCCCGCGCUACGUUGCGCCGCGGCCGAGGGGCUGGCGCGGCUCGUGCAGGCCGUCGGAGACGCCGCCUUCACGGUCUCCGUCUCGCUCCUCUGCUUCGACAGGCUGAAGAGCGCUCGGGAUGCGGCGUCUCGCAGCGGCUGCGCUUUGGCUCUGGGGGCGUUGCACCGCUACGUGGGAGGCAUCAGCUCGCCUCAGCAUCUGUCCACGUGUCUGGGAGUCAUCUUCACGCUGUGUCAGGACGCCACCUCACCCGAGGUUCAGACAUGGUCUCUACACAGCCUGUCCCUGUUGACGGACUUGUCCUGCGGUCUGUACCGCGCCCACGCGGAGCCCUCCUUGGCCCUGGUGUUGCGCCUGUUGCUCUCGGCGCCGCCCACCCACCCCGACUUGCAGCGCAGCCUGGGGCGCUGCCUGCACGCCCUCAUCACCUGCCUGGGGCCGGACCUGCAAGGGGAGGGGUCCGGCGUGGCGGCCGUGCGCUCCGGUUGUCUGGUGGCCUGCGGCGCCAUGCAGGCCACGCCCCACUGUCUGGUUCAGGCCCACGCCAUUUCCUGUCUGCAGCGGCUCCAUAUGUUCUGCCCGCAACACGUCCACCUGGCCGGCCUCGUACCGGCACUCUGUGAGAUCUUACUGGAAUAUUCCAUGUUGGCCAACCUGUGCAGCUCGCACUUGUGCCUGCGUCGGGCGGUGGUGGCGUGCCUCAGGCAGCUGGUCCAGAGGGAGGCGCCGGAGGUGUGUGAGCUCGCCGUGACGGAGGUGAAACACCUGCAGAGGCGGGACAACACCAGACUGGGAGUCUCCAUCAAGGAGGUGGGCCUGGAGGGGGCGCUCUUCGCCCUGCUGGACCAGGAGUCCGAGCCGGGACUGAGGCGGGACAUCCGGGAGACUUUGCUCCACAUGAUGGCGUCCGGCGUCGCCCGUGGCAUGCUGGGACGCUGGCUGAAGCUCUGCAAGGACGUCCUGGCGGCCUCCGGCGCCGCAGCUCACGACGGAAGUGCCGGGGCGGAGGCGGGUCGAGAAGACGCGGACGAGGACGAGGACCCCGGCGGCGACGACGACUCGUCGGCCUUCCGAGCUCGGGCCGAGUCGGCCGGCCCGUUUCCGGCGCUGCGCUGUUCCACGCGCUGCUUCGCCAUGGAGUGCGUGUGCCGCAUCAUCGCCCGCUGCCAGAAAGACGACCCCGCGCACUUUGACCUGGCGUUGGCGCAGGACAGACGCCGCCAGGCGUCCACCGCUAAAGACUGGCUGGUGCUCCACUUGGGCGACGUGGUGCGCGUGGCCUUCAUGGCGGCAACCGACCACGCCGAGCGUCUGCGCCUGGCGGGCCUGCGGGCGCUGCUGGCCGUCAUCGCGCCGUUCAAGGACGUGGCCGAACCCGAGUUCCCGGGUCACGUCAUCCUGGAGCAGUACCAGGCCAACGUCGGCGCCGCUCUCAGACCGGCCUUCGGUCCGGACGCUCCUCCUAACGUCGCAGCCGAAGCCUGUCAGGUGUGCAGCACGUGGCUGUCGAGCGGCGUGCUCACCGAUCUGCGCGAGGUCAAGCGCGUGCACCAGCUGCUGGCGUCCUCGUUGGCCAAGGUCCAGACAGGAAGCGAGGCGCGCGGUCGGCUGUACGACGAGGCCACGGUUACCAUGGAAACUCUGGCGGUCCUGAAGGCCUGGGCCCAGGUUUACACCGCGGCCGUCCGGAUGAGCCGACGGGAGGCGGGUCUCGACGCCGUCGACUGCUCCGGGUCGGGAGGGGCCGGCCUCCUGGCUUUGGUCCAAUCGGAUCUGCCCAAGUUGAGCCGCCUGUGGUUGGCGGCGCUGCAGGACUACAGCGCGCUGAUGCUCCCCCGGGAAGACGGCGACGGUUCGCGAGCGCCCGCGGCAGGAGGCGGUUCCUUCUUCACGGCGGAGACGGCCAAUCAGGCCAGGAGUCACUACGCUUCCUCCUGGGCGCCCAUCCUGCACGCGACGGCCCUCUGGCUGCGGACCACAGGUUUUUUGACGGGCGACGACGUCCCCGCCAACCUGUCCCGCCCGGUCACGCCCAACUCCAUGGGGCACAGCGCCUCAGCGGACGACGCCGAGAGUCCCGAAGACGUCAACACGGAGCGCCUGCACCUCAUCCUGGGCCUCAGCGUGCACUUCCUGUGUUCCCCUGGCUCGGACGAGCAGAUGGAGAACAUCACUUCCUGUCUUCGAGCGCUGCAGGCGCUGCUGGAUGCGCCGUGGACCCGAGCCAAGAUGGCGGGCGACCAGCAGUUGAGCGUGGAGCUGCUGAGCGUGCUCCACAGGCUGCUGGUCACCAGGGAGUCGCCGUGCGUGCAGGCGGCCGUGUCGGACCUGCUGGGGCAGAUCGUGAGGGCCACGCAGGAGCACGUCAGGGAGAGGCGACACAGCGCCGAAGCGGACGACGGCGCGUCGGAGAAGGAGACCUUGCCGGAGUUCGGGGAGGGCCGCGAUACGGGCGGCCUGGUCCCGGGACGCUCGCUGGUCUUCGGAGCGCUGGAGAUCUGCCUCAGCGUGCUGCUCAGAAAACUCCCCGCGCUCAGCCCCAAACUGGCCGGGACCCCCGACGCCGGUCCCGGCGGUUCGGUGCGGCGUCUGAGCGACGCCGAUUGUCAUCUGGUGUCGUCGACGUUGUGCGUCCUCUCACAGCUGCCGUCGGUCUGCUCGCCCCAAGGAAGUGUCUCCGUCUUACCCACAAUCCUCUACCUGCUGCUGGGAGUGCUCCGAGAGAUCGUCCUACAAGCCGCCUCGCAAAACGUGAAGUGCGAGCUCCCCCCGUGUCCUCUCCCGGAGGCUCUGGAGGAAUCGGGCGACGGCGAGGUCGGACCCGCUCGGGUGGUGCGGGCGCUUCUACGCGCGCUCAAGACGGCGUCGGCUCGCCGGGAGAAAAGUUGCGGCGACGGCGUUCUGCGCUCGGCUCUCUGCGCGCUACUCGGCAUGUGGAACGCUGGGUCCAACGUCGCGGAGCCGACGGUCCUCCUGACGGCGCUGACGGUCUUCCUGCUGAGCGCCGGUCCGGACGUGUGCACGGCGGCGCCAUCCCUGCACGCCCUCGCGCUGCGGCGCUUCAAUGACGCCAUGGAUGCCGAGGACCCCGACGUGUCGUGUCGAUGUUUCCAGUUGCUGUCGUCACUUUUUGGGGCGCAGACGGCGGUUUCGGUGCCGUACAUCCGCACGCUGGGACCGCCGCUGCUCAAAUUCCUUCAGAGGGCGGCGCGGCGCCGGCCUCAAAGUCCCGAGGAGCUGCGGGCGGUUCUGGAGGGCGUGGCUGCUUUGGAGGUUCUAGUCCUGGCGGCGAACCAAGACCAGCGUCCCGGGCUGGUGGCCAUCUUGUUUCCCACGCUCAUUUCCUUCCUGCUGGACGAGAACGCGCUGAACUCUGCCCCCGCGCUGUCCCGCUCGCUCCACCAGGCGGCGCUCAAGGAACUCAUGCGCCUGGGACCGCAACACUCGGCUGUGUUCAGGUCUUUGGUGUCGACGUCGCCUCACCUCAAGUCGCGCCUUGAAGGCGCCCUCAAGGCAAGCCAGGAAAGCGCCAGCCACGCUGACGCCGUCGCUAACCGGGCGGCCAAGCCCUCGCCCAGCAUCACGCUCAAAACCAACUUCCUGUGAGCUCGCCGAUUGGAGGCCCGCUUCUUGCGACGCGUUCACGCUCCCUUGUACGCGACCAACAGGAAGUUGUGCACUUUUUCUUUCACAGUAAGACGACACUAACUUCGUAUUAGGAGCUGUUUGUUUUCCUCGGAAUCGCUUUCGAGUGAUUCCUGCCAUCUUUUUGUUGGAGGCUUCAACCUACUUGAAAACUCACCACUUUGGUGGACGUGUUUAUGCUGGUGUAAGUUUUUUGAUGUUGGGGCGCCCCAAACUCACUCAGUAUGGCCCCCUGAAAAGGAAAGAAAAAGACCCCCCCCCCCCCCCCCCCCCCCAGCAUUUUCAGCGGCGGAGAUGUCUGUUGUGAACGUUGCAACAGGAAGUCAAACGUUUUGCCCAGGACCAGUUUUGUGGCGCCCGCCGGUGCGAAAUUUGCCUUACGUCUUUCAUCACAAGACGCACAAAAAAAAAAAAAUCUCAUGCAAGUACAGUAUACAGUACUCCAAAGUCAAAGGUCAGUGCGACAAGCGACCGAGGAGUGACUAUAAGACGAUUUUCAAAAGACUUUUCCAACAUUUCCAGCGGACUGGUAGCCGUGUAGCGCAACACUGACAAACAACUCCGAAGUGUCAAUGGCAUCUUUGACGAAAUACGUCACCAAGAAGUUCACAUCUCUUAUUAUUCUAUCUUGGAUUUUAUCUGACUUUUUUUUUUUUUUUUUUU